CGGCGGCGCGAGGGGCGGAUGGGGAGGGUGUUGUUGAUGGGAGGGCCGAAAUAGUACCCUGGCAGGGGGCUGGGAAUGUGAUGGAUGAAGAGGAGGAGCGGCAGGCGGUGUCGGCGAGGUUGGAGGCGCUUGGGUAUCGGGUCGGGCAGGGGCUGGCGGAGAGGUUCACGCGCGACAGGCCACGCUUCAACGACACUCUCGACGUGAUUAAGUUUCUCUGCAAAGAUCUCUGGACGCUGGUCUUCCGCAAGCAGGUGGACAAUCUCAAGACGAACCAUAGGGGGGUCUACGUCCUCACCGACAACGCCUUCCGCCCAUUUGCGCGCAUGAGCGCGCAGUCCAGCAGCCAAGCGGUGCAGCUCGCCCAGCCGUUCCUCUGGUUCCCCUGCGGCAUCGUCCGCGGCGCGCUCGCCGCCCUCGGCAUCCCGGCCACGGUGCAGGCUGAGACUAGCGAGCUGCCCAGCGCCGUGUUCCAGAUCAAGACACAUCCGGCCAAGACGUAGUCCAGCCCCAGGCUGCCGGCGUGGAGAAGGCAUGGAACACCCCUCCCUUGUCAAUUGUCCCCAACCUCUACCCUGCUUGAAAGUGAGAGUGAGGAAUGAGUUGUCUGGGUGGAUAUGUAACUGGAGUGGGCGGCCAUAUGGAUGCGAGUGCGCCACUGGGUGAGCGCGAGAGAGAGAGGGCGUACUGUACCCGGGGAAAAAGCAUGGGUCUAACGGAUAGAUGAGACGAGAAGCGGGCUCGGCGGUGUUGUUUUUCUUCCCUACCCCGUCUUGGAAGACGACAGGGAGGGUAGAUGGAGGCGGGCGGGCACAGCGACGGUUUACAGCACACACAAGAGGGGCAAGGAAGGAAAGACAGCAGCAGCAGCAACGGCGGCGUAUGGCGUUGGGUUUGGUCUGGUCUGGUCGCAUCGGAUCGGAUGGGUUUGGGCGGCAGGCGGCUGAUAGACCACACAACAGCGGCAUCGGCGGUAGAGCUUGUCUUUGCUGUUCACAAUCACUAAUGUUUAUUUCUACCUGUUUGGCUGUGCAGCAGCGCGCGGCAGUCUUUUACUCUGUACAUGGUAAGUAAGAUCUGGUACGGCACGCCCGGCGUCUUCGUUCCCUGACAUUGCUUGUUCCCAAACUAUGCACGCCUUUUUAUUCUUCUCCGCUGGGCCGGCUGUGUGACACGCGUUUCCACCCCCUGUUACUGUCACCAGACAGGCAUCGAAAAUGCGAGUGACCGUCGAGCAGUGGAGGCCCAGGAGCUAGUUGUAGCCGACACACCCGAGCGCACGGUUGGGAUCUCGAAACCGACUCGCUGCCCAGCGGAAUGGCCAGGCUCUUCCUGAGCUCAGCGCACACUGCAGACUCUGUCCGCCUGCCCCCCUUUACAACCUAAGA